UUUAUACUAAUGCUGGAGUUGGCCUCUUUCUCACCGAUGUGUGAGGAAUCAUGGGCUGUUUGCCGAAGUAGUGGCCAUGACAUCUACUGCAGAGAAUCAUCGUACAUCAAGAAUCGUAAACCAUGCAAGGGUACAUGAUAAUGCAGGGUUACUCAAUGGUCAAUACGUUGUUGAAUGGUGACCUUUCACCCGAACAGUCCAACAUAUAAGCCCAACCCAACAAUCCGGCGGGUUUUCUACUGGUCCUUUUCUUCUCAUUCCACCCUCCCAUCACCAACCCAGUGGGUGAUAGAAACUUAAUCACCAGCAUCAGAAUGGCCACCAGACUCGAGGACAACCUCCUAAAGCUGGUCUCCGAGGGUCAGCACGUCGACGCAGAUGAAGUGACCGCCCUUUACGACCGACUACCGCCGGUAUCUGUACAGGAGCUCCUAGGAGACUGGCAAGGACUUGCCAUUCAAACCGGCCACAAAGACAUCGAGACCCUGGACAGCAUUGGCUGGGUGGGGAAGACAUUCCAUUCCCCCAACGAAGUGGACCCGGUCAUCGUCCUGUCUCCAGACGGGAAGCGCGUGGCCAAUGGAGAAUGGGGCGCAGCACGAAUCUACGAGGUCCGCUUCAGAGGAAUUAUCUCAGCCGCCAUGGUCUACGAUCAGCUGCCGAUUAUUGACCAUUUUCGGCGUCUCGAGGACAACGUUCUGAUUGGCGUCAUGGACAAGAAGGGUGCAUGCGGGGACUUUGGGAUGGCGUUUAUUCUACGGCGAAUUUGAAACGGGCUUUGAGGGACAGGGUUGGGAUGGUUCCAUGUCUCAUAGUCUAUGGUUUCCAUGUGCCCCGCGGUAUACAAGACGAGAAUAACAGUGUGAUGAUUGGUGACGACCCUGUGAGACCUCGUCUCUGUACGGCACCUUUCAAAAAGAAGGGCCACACAGAACACUCGAGAUAUAUGGUACCGUUCUAGUAUAGGGCGGUCAGUAGGUUAUAGGUUGAGCGUGUCAGUAGAGAAGCAAGUCCGAUCCGAAUAGGGCAUGGGAGCUAGUGAGAACCUGCAGAAGUCUAGAAUAAGUCGUAUCAUUGCAUUAG